CACACUGCAUGUAACUAUUCAAUGGAAAACACGCAAAAAGUUUUCAUUUUCUAAUCCUGCAAUUUUACUAAUGGAAAUAUUUUCGAAAUAACAAAUUGUGAAACCAUUAGUCGCGUUGUCUUUUUGGUAAAGAGUAACAAAUCAGUGAUUUAUUAUCGAUUGAAGUAUAAAUUAUUACUAAGGUGGCAAAACAGUGAAAAAUAAUAUAAAUUUUAUUUCAAUUAUUGUUAGUAUUAGAAUAGUUAAACAAUAACGAUGAGAUUAACGUAAAUUAAAAGGAAUCAUUUAGAAAUUAAAGUACGUUUACUUAUUGUAGUUACUUACUCGAACAUUAUCUAAAUCAAAAUAUAUAAAAAUGAGCUCUCGUCAUCGUUUAACAUCUUUUGGAGAUGUCGAACAUACGAAUUUUCUUUCUGAGGAUAUUGGUGCUCUUUAUCUCUCAAAUAGUUACACGGAUAUAACAUUAAUAGUUGCAGAUCAAAGAUUUAAUGGUCAUAAAAUUAUUCUAGCAGCGCGAAGUCAAUAUUUCAGAGCUCUUUUAUUUGGUGGUUUAAAGGAAUCAACUCAGCAGGAAAUUGAAUUAAAAGGUGCAUCUGUACCAGCUUUUAAAGGAUUAUUUAAAUACAUAUAUACUGGACAUAUAUCUCUUGCAAAUCAACGUGAGGAGGUAAUCGUCGACAUUCUUGGUUUGGCACAUCAAUAUGGAUUUGUAGAACUUGAAAAUGCAAUAUCUGAUUAUCUUAAAAAAAUCCUUAGUAUAAAAAAUUUUUGUGUUAUAUUUGAUGCCGCACGUCUUUAUCAAAUGGAAUUUUUGAAAAAGUGGUGUUAUCAAUAUGUUAAUAAACAUGCUGCCGAAAUUAUACAUCAAGACAAUUUUUUACAAUUAAGUCCUAUAGCUUUAAAUGAACUUAUUUCACGUGACUCAUUCUAUGCACCAGAAAUUGAUAUUUUCUUAGCCGUACAAGAAUGGAUCAAAGCAAAUCCCAACGUGGAUGCAAAGGAAAUUUUAGCACAAGUAAGAUUAAGUCUUAUUUCUUUGACCGAUCUUUUAAAUGUUGUGAGGCCAACUAGAUUGGUAUCUUCCGAAGCUAUUUUAGAUGCAAUAACAGCAAUAAUGGACAAAUCUUCAGAACUUGCUUAUCGAGGCCAAAUGUUGGUAGAUCAAAAUAUUGCCAUUGCAGUUUAUGGCGCUGAAGUUCUACAAGGUGAAAUGCGUAGUUAUCUUUUGGAUGGUAAUUCUUAUAAUUAUGAUAUGGAACGUGGAUAUACAAGACAUGCAAUAACGGAUACACAGGAACAUGGUAUAUUAAUUAAGUUAGGUACACAAUGCAUAAUAAAUCAUAUAAAGAUGUUAUUAUGGGAUAGAGAUUUACGUUCAUAUUCUUAUUACAUUGAGGUAUCCGUGGAUCAAAAACAUUGGGUGAGAAUUAUCGAUUAUACGAAAUACUUUUGUCGUAGUUGGCAAUAUUUAUAUUUUGAACCAAGGGUUAUGGUUUAUAUUCGUAUUGUUGGUACAAAUAAUACCGUGAAUAAAGUAUUCCAUGUUGUAAGCUUUGAAGCGUAUUAUAGAAAUCACUCAGAAAAAUUAUCUGAAGGAUUUAUCAUUCCAACGAGAAAUGUUGCUAUUAUGAAGUUUGGUGCCACUGUUACAGAAGGAGUGAGUAGAAUACGUAAUGCUUUACUAAAUGGUGAUACAUCAGAUUAUGAUUGGGAUAGUGGAUAUACCUGUCAUCAAUUGGGUUCAGGUUCUAUAUUAAUACAAUUAGGACAACCUUAUAUCAUAGAUUCUAUGAGAUUAUUACUUUGGGAUUGCGAUAAACGCUCAUAUUCUUAUUACAUAGAAGUAUCUAGUAAUUAUUUAACUUGGGAUCUGGUAGUUGAUAAGACUAAAGAACUUUGUCGUUCUUGGCAAGUACUUCAUUUUCAUCCAGCCAGACCCGUUGUUUUUAUACGUAUAGUUGGAACCUAUAAUACGGAGAACGAGGUAUUUCAUUGUGUGCACUUUGAAUGCCCUUCUCAAGUCGAAGAUAAGGCUCAAAAAUCUCCUAUAAACCAUGAAAACCAUUUGACAAUUAAUCCUACAGAAACAGAAAAAAUAGAUCAAGAUGAUGGUGAUUCGACAGACGAUUCUGUUAUUAUAGCUGCAGUACUUUAAUGUGAUCUAACGCAUACAACAUUUUCGCAUGUGAUAGCAUCCAGCAAAAACUUUCAAGACUAUAGAAUAAGAAUAUUUAUAAGAGUGUAAUGGUAUAACCACGAACACAUCUCAUAUGAAAUAAUAUUUAUUAAAAGAGAUCUUUUGUUAUAUUAACGUAUUUAUAAAUUUACAGAAAGAAAAAUAGAAGUAAAAAAAAAAAAAAAAAAAAAAAAA